CUGCGCGGAGCCAGCUGGGCGCGCGCUCGGCGCCCGGCGGCGGAAGCCCAGGGAGGCGGGCCGGGUCCCAGCGGCGGGGCCCACGAGCCUCAGCGGGUCUGGGGGCGGCGGUGCUCCUAGUCUGAGGGGCUCCAGCCCGACAGCGGCGGUGGCGCCGGCGGCCCCUGAGCGAACGGAGGACCAGGCCGGAAGGCGGCAGCGCGGCUGCGCCCGGAGGGUGGACUGUUCAGUAAACUCAACUGUCAUGUGGAAUCACUCUAACUAAGAGUAAGACAAAAGAAUGAAAGAAGUAGAUAAUCUCGAAAGUAUAAAAGAAGAAUGGGUUUGUGAAACAGGAUCUGACAACCAACCUCUUGGUGAUGAUCAACAAAGAAAUUGUGAAUAUUUUGUUGACAGCCUUUUUGAGGAAGCUGAGAAGGUUGGUGCCAAAUGCAUGUCUCCCACUGAACAGAAGAAACAGGUCGAUGUAAGUAUAAAAUUAUGGAAAAAUGGAUUCACAGUCAAUGAUAAUUUCAGAAGUUACUCUGAUGGUGCAAGUCAGCAGUUUCUGAACUCCAUCAAAAAAGGGGAAUUACCUUUGGAAUUACAGGGAAUUUUUGAUAAAGAGGAGGUGGAUGUUAAAGUUGAAGACAAAAAAAAUGAAGUAUGUAUGUCAACGAAGCCUGUGUUCCAGCCCUUCUCAGGACAGGGUCACAGACUAGGAAGUGCCACACCAAAAAUUGUUUCUAAGGCAAAGAAUACUGAAGUUGAGAAUAAAAAUAAUUUGUCUGUUGUUCAACUAAACAAUCUGGAACCCAUCACUAAUGUACAGAUCUGGUUAGCCAAUGGAAAAAGGAUUGUCCAGAAAUUUAACAUUUCUCAUAGGAUAAGCCACAUCAAAGACUUCAUCGAAAAAUACCAAGGAUCUCAAAGAAGUCCUCCCUUUUCCCUGGCCACGGCUCUUCCUUUCCUCAAAUUGCUAGAUGAAACACUCACAUUGGAAGAAGCAGAUUUACAGAAUGCUGUAGUCAUUCAGAGACUCCAAAAAACCGCUGAACCUUUUAGACAACUUUCAUAACAUUGAUUUUUGAUACAUUAAGUGGAAAGUUUGAAGAGAAAUGAUGGUUGUAAAUGAACAUGCAAACCAAAAUGAGGGAAAGGAAGUCAGAUUCGCUGGACUUUUAGUUCGGGCAUGAUUUAACUCCCUCCUGAUCAGAAGAUUUUUAAAUAGGUACAAGUUAGGAAAGUGAACUAUGACUGGAAACUAUAUUCAAUGCACUUUUUCCAAAAGACUACUCAGAAAGAAAACUAUACUUAUUUUCAAAUACCAGUUAUUCAGCAAUAAGAUAUAUUAAAUCGCUGUAUCAUAUAGAAUCUUAAUGUGGUAUAAAUUAGCAAAUGUAUUCACAGCAUCAUUCAAAUAUUCCCAACCAGCAGUGGUUUGUUUAGAUGUUAGCUGUCUCAGAUUUUUUAAAUAGCAGUAUAUUAAGAAAAUUAUACAUGACAGGUUAAAAAACAUCAAUGUAAUUAUUUUACAUCUGAGAUACAGUCAGAAGGCUAGAAGGAACUUCUUUCACCACAGCUAUGCCUGAACCUCCAAGUGUUCACCAUUUUUAUUUUCUAAUGGCAAGAUAUACUCAUUAUUUUGGCACAGAAUCUAAAAUGUACUUUAAGGAUAAAAUUGUGCAGCUUAGUACAAUGUCAAUAUUAAUCUGCCUAUUCACAUUUUGACAUUUCAAGAAGUGUAAUUUUUAAAAAUUUCUUUUCUGUCCAGGAACCCGAGUUCAUCCCUUAUUUUUUCUUUUGAAAAUUAAGGAUUUGUUUUUAGCUAACAUUUUUGAGUAAGCCUUUCAUUUGCUACCAUUCACUUAGAAUCUAAUGCUUGUGUUGGCACAUUGCUAUUUAGUAUUUUUUAAAUGCAUCACAUAAAGUAUGGUUUUCUAUCCCAUAUAUUAGAGUCAACCUGGGUAUACAUUAAAGGAUUAUUUGUUACAUUCUGAUGCCACCAAGGAAACCAUGUUUUGUAUCUUAAUCUUUUAAUCUGAACUGGUUAGACUUCUGUACUUCACUGUCAGAUUGAAUUCCCUUGCCUGAAGACAAGUUUAAGAAGCUUUUUUUUUUUUUUUGCAAAUUAUUUAUUGAAUCUUAUUUAAAGCAAAAUUUACAUUGAAUGUGCCAAGGAACUAAGUAGCCAUAUCUACCAGCAGUAAUGUUCACAGGGCACUGGGUGUCUGCUGGAAAGAGCACUUCUCAAACUCUGGUCUCAAGAACUUUUGUUUAUGUGGAUAAUAUAUAUGAUACUGAAAAUAAAAAUUUAUAAAAUAUUCAUUAAAAAUAAUAAGCACCUGUUAGUAUAAACCACAUUUCAAUGAAAAGCAUUUUCUAAAAAAUUUACUGAGAAAAGUGGCAUUGUAUUCCAUUUUUUGCAACUAUCUUUACUGUCUGACUUAAAGAAGACAGAUGGAAUCUCAUAUCUGCUUCCACAUUCAAUCUGUUGUGAUAUUGCACAUGUAGCCUCUAGUAAAUGCUGCUGUAUAUUCAUGAGAAAAUGGGGGGGGAGCAAAUAGUGUCUUAGUUUGGUUAUGAAAAUAAUUUGACUUUACGGACCUCUUGAAGGAACCAUUCUCACGAAGCAGUUUACAAUGAUUCUCAAAUCUUAGUGUUAGAAUCACUUGGGAAGCAUUUCAAAAUGUCUAUUCCAGGCAUCUACCAUACACAUUCUGAUUCAUUGUAUCUGGGAUGGGUCCCAGAUCUCUGCAUUUGUAGUCUCAAGUGAUAAGGUAUGUAGUAGAAGAACCAGUGUUCAGGGAAUCCUGCAUUAUGCUUCCACCCUAAGAAAAUAAACCUGCGUGCUUCACCACAAACAGUGGAAGAAGACUCUCCCCUGAAAUGGGACUUCUAGACCUUUAAGUUUUAUCCUUUAUCUCCCACAGUUGGUUCUUAAGACUGUUCCCCUUAACUCUUAAUUAAUCAUAAUAUAAACCUAUACUUCCUCUCCUCUAAGCACAGCUGAGAGGAGGCUGGAACAUUUAAAUGAGAUUUUCAUUAGAAGCUCAGGAAUAACAAAAGGGAAAUGCACAUAACUAGAUGACCUGGUUUAUAAGCUGCAUCUUCUGUUUGAGGUCCAUAUUAAGACUGCUUCCUUUUCUAGCUCCCAGCCUUUCACAUGGUAGAAGCCUUUUUAUCAGGAAGAGAGGCAGGGCAAAAGAGCCUUUUCCUUUUGUCAUUUACUUUGAAAAAUGAACAGAUACAUAAUAGAAAAUACUGUCAUUAUGUUUACAGCUGUGUAGUAGAGCCCUCUCUGUGAGACAUAAUGGCAUUCUUAAAAUGAGGGGGUGGUAAAAAUCAUUGAGCACUUUAAGAUAUAAAAAGAUGAUUGUUAAUAUAUUUUUCAAGAGUCUGUAAGAAAAUGUUUCCUAAAGGCCUAUCAUGAAGCAUUGUAUAAUUUAAUUUGCAUAAUUAUAGUCUAUGUGAUUCUAAAUAUAUUUCUAUAAAGGGGCUUCUCAUUGGAAAUACUUUUCUUGUACCUAUAAAAAGGCCUCCUUUGUGGAUUUUCCAGUUUAUAAUUAUUUAUCCAGAAGGUACAUUGGAGGUUUUCUUGUGUGUACAUGUAGAAUACACCCCAAUGAGAAAUUCCUAUGGAGAAAGACCCAUUGUCAGCAAUAACUUUUAUUUUUUGUAACUGUGAAUACCUUCAUUAAUGUGAAUAAUAUUCUCAGAGGUUUUCAGAAUGAGAAUCAUCUGAUAAAACUUUCUACUUUAAAAGUUCAAAAUUGUAAAGUUGUUAAUUAAAGGUGUAGAUUAUGUAAAACAUACUGACUUUAGAAAAUGUAAAUUGAAUUUGGCAAGGCAAGGGAAGGCAAACUUGAAAAUAACCAAACAUUUUAGGUGUAGAAUACAAUACAACUAUGUAGUUGUUUCAAAACCCGUCAGUUUCUUGAAAAAUUGCUAAGGCUGAUACAAGAAGUACAUUUCUAGUUUUACAGAUUCUAAUUUAAUGGUUAAAUUACUAUGCAUUAUGCAGGCUGUAAAACUGGUCUUAUUUUAUAUACUUUUCUCAUUCAGAACAUUUUUCAUUACGUUUCAUUGUGUUGAAAAUACGGUAUUAUGCAUCUGUUUCAGUGCCUUAUUUUUAAAGCAAGCUUUUGCUAACGGUUAAAGAACUAUUGUCUUAAGAAUGAAAUAAUUCAUUAAAAGGAUCUGUGAAAUAAUCCACAGUUGUUUCUUAUACAAUAGUUACAUCUGGGUUCAUUUGUUAUUUUUAUUUGGUAUUGGCAAAGUCAUUCAGUUUGAGAAUCAGCAUUUAUUAGGUGCCCUCUGUUUGCCAGAUACUUUAAUCAGUGUUACUUUAUGUAAUCCUCAGAAAUGUUAAAAUGUGAUAUUUUUAAUACAUUUAUCCAUCAGGUGAUGGACAUUUGGGUUUCACUUUGGGUUAUAAAUAGUGUUGCUAUGAACCAUGUGUUCAAGUUUUUGUGUGAACAUGUUCAGAGGUAGGUUUUUUUAAAAACCAUUUGUGUCCUGAGUUGAACUAGCAUGAAGACUCCUUGGUAGGGUUUACUUCUUUGUUCUUUUUCUAAGUACAAACCAUUUAAUUAAGAAAUUGCUCAUCACACUAAAUCUUCAGAUACAAGUGGCUUAUUCAAUAGACUAAUAUUUGGCUCUUAGUCAUUUGCUUUAAAUAUUUUUUUCACAGAUGAUUCAUAUUCAUUGUAGAAAAUUGUAAAAUGCUGGAAUGAUCUUGAAAUCACCAAUUUCACCUUUCAAAUAAUAUAACCACUAAUAACA